AUGGGCCAGAGCCAGUCAUCGUCUGAUGGUGGUGCUGGCGCUGCUGUCGAGGUCAAGACCAGCUACUACACUGUGCUCGGAGUGGAGCGGAUCGCCACAGACGAAGAAAUCAAGAAAGCGUACCGGAAGAAAGCCUUGGAGCUUCACCCCGACCGCAAUUAUGGCAAUGAAGAACACGCCACCCAGACCUUCGCCGAGGUGCAGUCUGCAUAUGAAGUGCUCUCAGACCCCCAAGAACGCGCAUGGUAUGACAGCCAUGAAUCGGCGAUUUUGAGAGGUGGCGAGCCAGGCGACGGCAAUGCUCCCGUCUACCACGACGUCAAAGUCACGAGCGCCGAUGAUCUGGCACGCAUCAUAGGCAAGUUCAACAAAAACGUCGAGUUCACAGAUUCUCCGUCCGGAUUUUUCGGAUUCCUGCGAGAAACGUUUGAGCAUCUUGCCAAGGAAGAAGAGGUCGCAGCUCAGUGGGAAGAUGCCGAGUUCCUCGAGUAUCCCACGUUCGGCCACAAGGAUGAUGAGUAUCAAGAUGUGGUCAAGAGCUUCUACGCUGUCUGGUCGGGCUUCACUACUGUAAAGUCAUUCUCGUGGUGCGAUCGGUAUCGAGUCUCGGAAGCACCAGACAGAUUCAUACGGCGGCGCAUGGAGCAAGAAAAUGCCAAGCUUCGCAAAGAUGCCAAAGCGGAGUUCAACGAGGCCGUGCGAUCGCUCGUGCAGUUCGUGAAGAAGCGAGACCCGAGAUUCGUGCCAAAUACACAGACCGAAGAAGAGCGACAGAAAGCUUUGCGAGAUGCCGCAGCUGCCCAGCGCAAGAGGGCGCAGGAAGCGAACGCUGCGAAAACGAACGAAGCUGUGCCGGAGUGGACGAUGUCUCGAGAUCCCGCGGAAGAUGAGCUUGAGGGCACUUUCUCGGAAUCAGAGGUGGAGGAGGAGGUCUUCGAGUGCGUGGCUUGCAAUAAAAUCUUCAAGAGUGAAAAGCAGAUGGAUGCGCAUGAGAAGAGCAAGAAGCAUCAAAAGGCGAUUAAAGAGCUGCAGAAGAGGAUGCGGAAGCAGAAUGCUCAUCUCCAUCUUGACGAGGAACCUAUCUCGAGUGGUGCUAACGAAAACGAUGAAGAGCUUUCCGAAGCUGCCAAAUCAGACGAAGACGAUGACCCGCAAAAAGACUCUGGAUCAACCCAGCAGCAGCACAACUCCACACCCCCAGCCUCCGAAUCAGAAGAUGAAAACGACGAAUACGCCCCCCGAGAAACCAUAGCAGCACGCCUCGCCUCCACAUCCCUCCAUGAACCCUCAACCACAGACACCCAUUCUUCACCCCUAGACACACCCACCCCAACAACAGCCACCACCUCGGAAACCGAUCUCCCCUCAUCCCAACCUGCUGCACAAAAGAAACUCGGCAAAGCCGCCCAAAAACGCGCCAAAAAAGCCGCAGCAAAAGAACAAACAUCGACAACACCAGAAAAUGAUCCGGCUUCUCCUCACAAAUGUCAAGGCUGUGAUGCGAACUUUUUAUCAAAAACAAAACUUUUCGAACAUUUGAGGGAGAAUCCGAAACAUGCUGUGCUUAAGAAUGUGAGUUUGGGUGGGAAAGGGGGAAGGAAGGGGAAGAGAUGA